AUGGAUGCCGCCACCAAUCACUCAAUGACUUGCCACGCCCCUAUAGCCGUGGACGGUAAAUUAGGUCGUGCUCACUUUGCGCACAUAUCUAUCGAUAUAGAGGGCGGCAUUCAUUUGCAGUGUUCUCAGUCGAUUGCCAACGCCUUCCAAGGGUCUCUGUCUGUACGGCUCGUAGAUAUCUUUUUGAAAGCAAUCGCGAUGUCAGAAGAGGUUGGUUCGCCAAUAACUCAAACAUCACCUCAUCAAACUACGCCAGCAGCCAAAACAGCUUCGCCCUCACCACGAAUAAUCCACACUACUACCCACACGAGGGGAUUGGAUGGCAAAUGGCACACACGAAAUUCCCUACCAGCUAGUCCACCUUCGUCAACAGUAGGACCAGCUCAUGUAGAACCUUCGCCUUAUGGGGACAUACAGAGCUUGGAACGCACAAAAAGAAAUGUUUGGAGCAAGGAUAACAGAACGUGGAGGCCGGAAUUCGCGAUAUCUAUUACAGACCGCGAUUGGCUACGAAAGUACUAUGGAAAGGCAUUUCAAAACCUACAGCAGACGAAUUGCCGAGCCCUUGCGAAAGCUUAUAUUAAGAUGGUGGAGCCUCGCAAGCAGGUAUGUUUUCCAUACAACGGGCGUGUCGUUGUCGGAGGGGCCAUUCGGCAGCUUGACCCGGACGCUGCUAAGCCGCCGUGGUGGCCUCCGAGAGUGAGGCACCGAGAGCCUGACCAUCUUCUUAAAGAGGAGCGCAUCAGGCUUUUAGUUCAUAUUUUGUGUGAACUGCCUACUAGCCUCGGUAUCACCACCAAAAGGUUACGGGAGGCCGACCAGCCGAUUCGCCGGUAUAUAGUCCCGGAACAGCGAGUAUGCAUCUUGGAUGAGAUCUAUCGAGUUAGACAAGAAGAGGUAGAAUUCUUGCAGGGGAAAAGUGAUGGACAACGUCAGGUGUGGAUUUGUCGCAUGAACCUACCUGAAGCAGUGAGGACCACAUCCAACUAUAAUGAGCAUAACGGGGACGGCAUCCCUAUCUCGAACAACCUAUCUGGAUUUGUCAAGUCAGGCUUUAUCAACAAUGCGCCACAGGUACCUUUUACACCCGUGGCAAAUCCCCCGGCUCACUCACCUCUCAACCAUCCAUAUGACGUGCAGAGUCAUCUUCCUAGCAAAAACGCAAGUCCGGAUCCCAAUAUCAUAUGUGCUUUUGACACGACUGUGCCGAUAUCAACGUCUCCGCAUGGGUUGAAGAGGAAACGCGAAAGUGAAUGGAUAGCUCAAGUCGACGCAACCUGGCCUGCAAUAUUCACACAGGAUUUCUCUCCUCCGGUCACUGCUGAUGUCCAACCCUAUCUAGAAGGAUAUUGCAGCGGACCUGGCAGCUCCCUGCGGCAAGGCUUCGUCUCGUCUGGGCCCUCUACAACAGAAGCAUUGGAGCAGCUGGAUGAGGGUCGUGAUAUCCGUUACCAUUUGGCUAUUCAAAACUAG